ACCAUUCAACACCUGCCUCCACCUUGCAGCACCUCUGUUCGUUUGGGUGUCUGGUCGUCAACACCACUGCCUGAGGUGGCAAGUGCUGCUACCGAUAACGGUGAUGAUUAUGGUGGUGAUGAUGACGGCGGCGACGACAACGACGCCAACAUCUCGCCUCAUCUUCGCUCCACUCCACUCUCCGUCUUCUCCCAUCCAUCUAUCCUCGCUGUGACGAUUCGCACCUCGAGGCCGCUUGACACCACCACAACGUGCAAUAGGCACGACAACAGUCAUCACUCAAACAGUGGAGUGGCGUUGGUGACGGGUGCACGUGCCUCGAGGGUUGGGUGGAGCACGUGCCUUCCAUCUACCCUCCUCGUCUCGCAUCCAUGUAAGAAUGCAGUGAGUGGAGGCGAGGCACCACCACCACCACCACCUGACUCUAGUGCAUCCACUCUCCACCCACCACGCGUCACCCUCCACUCCCAUCGUGUCGCGAUGAAAUGUGGCUUCUUGCAUGCGAUGCACACUCUCCUUCACCGUGCCACCCUUCCUCACAGUCACAUGGGAAGUUGGAUGGAUGAGCGAGCAGACAGUAGUGGCCUGCAUCGCCCCUCACUUCUCCUCAUCCCGUCCAACCAACAGACGUGGCCAAUGCGGUGUCCACAACCGGCAUCUCUUGUCUUGCCUCUUGAAGUGAGGAGGCACACAUGA